CAGCGGCGUUUGUUAUGCAAAUCCGGGAAGCCUGUUUGUGCCAGUGAGGGAGGGUGACACUUCGUACCGUCACCGCAAACAGGACAGCUUUCUCACAACUACAAGUACAUCCAGAACAAGGGUGUAAGGUGAUCUGGACGGAACAUGGCUGUGAGAAUACUUGGUCUGACCUGGGCACUUCUGGCGGUCGCCUUGCCCUGUCUGGCGGCUAACGGGCCCAGUAGCGGUGAGCAGUACGUGGCGCAGGUCCGGGCCAGGAGCCGCCGCGCCGCCUGCGAUCCAUUCAUAGACCCCAGCUGUAAGGAGUUCGUCAGUCUGAACACAGAAUGCUACAGCUGCGACAUGAGUACGGACCCGGAGUGUUACAAGUUCCGCAGCAGACAGACUUCAGAAAAGGCGCAGUGCGACCCGGGAGAGUACUGCUGGGUUACGAACAGAUACGACAUGCAGAGGAACGUGUGGACGUUCUACAGCCGUGGCUGCGAGGACCGCACAUGCGCACAGUGGCAGAAGUGGGAGUGCCAGACCACCAACAACAUCCGGGAAUGCAGCUUCUGCUGCAGGGAGGACCGCUGCAAUGGAUUCUGGGGCAUCGCCAGCGGUGCAGUACCGACAGACGGCGGCAGGGGGCUCUUUGGGGUAGUCUUAGCGCUCAUGUCCGCUCUGUAUGUAAUGCUGUAGGAGUUGGUAAAUUAGUGAGAAGAGUAGAAGAGUGUGGAAGUUACAGAUGUGUUUAGCGCUGCCGUUUAGAUCAGUAGACAUCUUUUUUUUCGUCCAAAAUUUCAAUCCAAAAGUUCUAGAAAUAUGUU